CGACACAUGUCACCGCUCGCACAACAAUGCCAACACCCUCAUAAGCCCAGACACCAGACAUCCGGCAAAAACAAGGCGCUCGGAAACGAAACCAGGAUUUUGGCGCUUGCAUAUCGUUGACCAUGGAACCCCCACAUCACCGGGCCAGCAGCAGCACCAGCCCCUCACCGGCCGCGGCCGUGGCCCCCGCGUCACCGGUGCCCGAGACAAACCCAGACCCAGACUCAGACUCGGACUCGGCGGCGGCGGCGGCAGCGGCGGAGGAGGAGCAGCAGCUGCCGCUGACCAUGUCGGCGUCGGUGGUGCUGGCGGACCUGCCGCGGGACGCGACGGCGGCGCUGGCGAGCGCGGCGGCGCCGGCGCCGGACAGAAAGGUGGUGGUGCGGUUCAAGCCCGUCGGGGGCGCGGCGCCGGCGCUGCAGCAGGACCUAUGCAAGAUCACGGCGACGCGACGCUUCGAGGAGGUGGUGCGGUACCUGCGGCGGAAGCUGCGCUGCAGGGACACGGACAGCGUGUUCCUGUACGUCAACUCGGCGUUUGCGCCGUCGCUGGACGAGGUGGUUGGGAAUUUGCACCAGUGCUUCAAGAACGCGUCGGAUCAGCUUGUCGUUGCCUAUUCUAUGACCCCAGCGUUUGGAUGAGGUGUCUACUACCCGCCAUCUACCCUCAUCAUUUGCUACAAACAAAUAUUUCGCCAACUCUAAAAUGUAGUCUUCUC